GGGCCCGGCUCGGGGAGGAGCUCCCACUCGCCUCUAUUUAGGGCGGGUGGGGGAGUGCGGGCCAGACCUACCUGGUGCAGCUUUUAGCCUCCUGGAUUUCUCGCCGGCCCGCUGUCUCUUAAUCCUGCCUGCCUGCCACACCCACACCCCGCCACUCAGGGGCUCCUUCUGCCCCAGGCUUGGCUAGAACAGAAGAGCUAGAGGGGAAAGGGAGGACCCUGGUCCUCACCAGCCUCGGCCUCUCUCCCCGGGUAGCCUCAUGGCUGCAACCUGUGAGAUUAGCAACGUCUUCAGCAACUACUUCAGUACUAUGUACAGCCCGGAGGAACCCGCCCUGGCUUCUGUUCCCGCUGCGGCCACCUUUGGGGCUGAGGACCUGGUGCUGACCCUGAGCAACCCCCAGAUGCCACUGGAGGGCCCAGAGAAGGCCAGCUGGUCGGGGAAGCAGCCCCAGUUCUGGUCAAAGGCCCAGGUUCUGGACUGGAUCAGCUACCAAGUGGAGAAGAACAAAUACGACGCCAGUUCCAUUGACUUCUCACGGUGCGACAUGGACGGGGCCACGCUCUGCAACUGUGCCCCCGAGGAGCUGCGUCUGGUCUUUGGGCCUCUGGGGGACCAACUCUACUCCCAGCUGUGGGACCUCACUUCCAGCUUUCCCGAUGAACUCAGCUGGAUCAUUGAGUUGCUGGAGAAGGACAGCAUGGCCUUCCAGGAGACGCUGGGCCCCUUCGACCAGGGAAGCCCCUUCAGCCAAGAGGUGCUUGAGGAGGGCCGGCAGGCCAGCCCCUACUUCCCCGGCAGCUACGGCACCGGCGCCCCCUCCCCCGGCAGCUCCGAUGUCUCCACUGCAGGGACUGGUACUUCCCAGAGCCCCCACUCCUCAGACUCCGGUGGAAGUGAUGUGGAUCUGGAUCUCACCGACAGCAAACUCUUCUCCAGGGACGGCUUUCCUGACUAUAAGAAGGGGGAUCCUAAGCACGGGAAGCGGAAACGGGGUCGGCCCCGAAAGCUGAGCAAAGAGUCUCGGGAGUGUCUGGAGGGCAAGAGGAGCAAGCACGCCCCCAGAGGCACCCACCUGUGGGAGUUUAUCCGGGACAUCCUCCUCCACCCGGAACUCAAUGAAGGCCUCAUGAAGUGGGAGAACCGGCAAGAGGGUGUCUUCAAGUUCCUGCGAUCAGAGGCCGUGGCCCAGCUUUGGGGCCAGAAGAAGAGGAACAACAGCAUGACUUACGAGAAGCUGAGCAGAGCCAUGAGGUACUACUACAAACGGGAAAUCCUAGAGCGGGUGGAUGGCCGGCGGCUGGUCUACAAGUUUGGCAAAAACUCUAGCGGCUGGAAGGAGGAAGAAGUUGCCGGGAGUCGGAACUGAGGGUCGGAAGGAGACCCAGGACCAAACGCAAGGACUCGAGGCCUGCGGCCCCUCCUGGGAAGACCAGCAGGUCCCAGCAUCUGAGCAAUGCUCCGGCUGUGCUGCGGAGAGAAGCUGUGAGGCUCUGGUAUCCUGUCAGCCACCGUCCUCGGAUCCGGGGCUUGUGGCCUCUCCUCUCUGCCCUCUUCUUGGAAUUACAAGCCCUGGGGUUUGAGGUGACUCGUCUUGCUGACUUGUCCUCAAGUGUAGCUUCUUUUACCCGGUGCCUCCUCAGACCCAACCCAGACACCGGCUACGGACAGCACCUUCCUCCUCCAGAUGCCCGGACUGAGCCGAGGAGGCCAAGGGAAGCACCAGGAGUGCUGUGAGAGGGGACAGGACGGGGUCCUCCUGAACCUGCUUUCUGGACUGCCUUCCACCUCCGUGCUUGGACUCUGCAGGCAGGGGUCAGAGCACUCCCUAAUUUAUGUGCUAUAAAUACGUCAGAUGUACAUAGAGAUCUAUUUUUUCUAAGACAUUCCCCUCCCCGCUCCUCUCCCACCACGUGUUAGUGGCCAGACUGACUGACUGUUUCGGCCCUUGGCCGGGCCGAUGAGGGGCAGGGAGAUGCCGGGCCCCUGAGGAUGGGGCUCCUGGCUCCUUUUUCCUGUGAAUGGAGGUAGAGACCUCCAAUAAAGUGUCUUCUGGGCUUUUUCUAA